UGGGGGUGAUCAAACUGGAAGUGUGUGUCGCAGCUGGAUGCGGAGGGCUGGAGCGAGCGAGGAAUGGCGUCCUAGAUUUACCAGGAGACAUAUACUUGGAUUACGGAGGACGAAUGGAAGGGAAAAUAGAGGAAGAGUGGAUCUUGGUGCUGUCACAUUCUCGGACUCACCUGAGAAAUGUCCACCCCGGACCCCCCCAUGGGAGGGACGCCUCGGCCGUGCCCCUCUCCAGGACCGGGGCCUUCUCCAGGAGCCAUGAUAGGACCCAGCCCAGGUCCCCCAGCCUCUGGGCACUCCCACCCAAAACAUGGGCCCUCAGUAUAUCCUCAGGAGAAUAUGCAUCAGAUGCACAAACCUAUGGAAGGCAUGCAUGAGAAGGGCAUGUCUGAUGACCCUCGCUAUGGACCAAUGAAGAGCAUGGGCAUGAGACCAGGUGGAGGCCAUAUUGGGAUGGGACCCCCUCCUAGCCCCAUGGACCAACAUUCCCAAGGCUACCCCUCUCCACUGGGGGGUUCUGAGCACUCUCCCAGCCCUGUGCCAGCCAACGGCCCUCCACCCUGCCCCAUGAUGCUCUCUGGCCCAGGUGUCCCCAUGGAGGGCYGUGAUCCCCAGGCCAUGUGCCAGCAGAACCUCGGUGAUGUCCUGAGUGGUGGUUCUGUGCCAGGUGGGGUUGGGCCAGGCAGUGUUGGGCCAGGUGGACCCACCCCCUUCAACCAAAACCAGCUACACCAGCUCAGGGCCCAGAUCAUGGCCUACAAGAUGCUGGACGGCAGCCAGCCCCUGCCAGACCACCUGCAGAUGGCUGUGCAGGGCAAGAGGCCCAUGCCAGAGAUGCAGCAGCAGCCAGGGAUGUCCAACAUGCCCCCUUCCUCUGGGCCUGAGGCGGGGCCUGGACAGCCACCAGCAAACUACAACAGACCUCAUGGAAUGGUAGGCCCGAACAUGCCGCCUCCAGGACCCUCAGGUGUUCCCCCUGGUAUUCAGGGACAGCCCACCAAUGGACUCCCUAAACAAUGGCCCGAAGGGCCCAUGGUGAAUGCUGCUGCUCCAUCCAGUGCCCCCCAGAAGCUGAUUCCCCCUCAGCCCACUGGGAGACCCUCCCCUGCUCCCCCCUCCGUGCCCCCUGCUGCCUCCCCGGUCAUGRCCCCCCAGACCCAGUCCCCUGGGCAGCCCCCCCAGCCCCCAACCAUGGUGCUACACCAGAAACAGAACCGCAUCACGCCCAUCCAGAAGCCCCGUGGUCUGGACCCAGUGGAGAUCCUCCAGGAGAGAGAGUACAGGCUGCAGGCUCGGAAUACCUUAACAGCAUCCUGCAGCAUGCUAAAGACUUCAAGGAGUACCACCGCUCCAUCACAGCCAAGCUCCAGAAGGCCACCAAAGCUGUGGCCACSUACCARGCCAACACUGAGCGCGAGCAGAAGAAGGAGAACGAGCGCAUUGAGAAGGAGAGAAUGAGGAGGCUGAUGGCUGAAGAUGAGGAGGGCUACCGUAAGCUCAUUGACCAGAAGAAAGACAAGCGUCUGGCCUACCUGCUGCAGCAGACAGACGAGUACGUGGCCAACCUCACCGAUCUGGUCAGAGCUCACAAGGCUGAUCAGGCCCUCAAGGACAAGAAGAAGAAGAAAAAGAAGAAGAAGAAGAAGAAGCCAGAGAGUGGGGAGGGCCAGCCUCUUGCCCUGGGACCCGACGGAGAGCCUCUGGAUGAGACCAGUCAGAUGAGUGACCUGCCUGUGAAGGUGAUCCAUGUAGACAGUGGGAAGAUCCUGACGGGGCUGGACGCGCCCCGGGCUGGCCAGCUGGACGCCUGGCUGGAGAUGAACCCUGGGUAUGAAGUGGCUCCUCGUUCAGACAGCGAGGACAGUGGCUCAGAGGAAGAGGAGGAGGAAGAGGAGGAGCCCCAGCCCUCCCAGGCUCCCACCGAGGAGAAAAAGAAGAUCCCAGACCCCGACACAGAGGACGUGAACGAGGUCGACGUCCGCUACAUCAUCGAGGGAGCCAAGCAGGAUGUGGAUGAUGAGUAUAACAGUGCCGAGGCGGCGUUCGCCCGAGGRCUGCAGUCUUACUACGCUGUGGCCCACGCCGUUACUGAGACGGUGGACAAACAGUCCACACUGCUGGUCAACGGGCAGCUCAAAAGCUACCAGAUCAAGGGCUUGGAGUGGCUGGUGUCUCUGUACAAUAACAACCUGAACGGGAUCCUGGCUGAUGAGAUGGGUCUGGGCAAGACCAUCCAGACCAUCGGCCUCAUCACCUACCUCAUGGAGCACAAGCGCAUCAACGGCCCCUUCCUUAUCAUCGUGCCCCUCUCAACUCUGUCCAACUGGGUGUAUGAYUUUGAUAAGUGGGCUCCAUCUGUGGUGAAAGUCUCUUACAAAGGCUCKCCACAAGCUCGCCGGGCAUUCCUCCCCAUCCUGCGCAGCGGCAAGUUCAACGUACUGCUCACCACCUACGAGUACAUCAUCAAAGACAAGCAAGUGCUGGCUAAGCUGCGAUGGAAGUACAUGAUAGUGGACGAGGGCCACCGUAUGAAAAACCACCACUGUAAGCUGACUGUGGUUCUGAACACCCACUACCUGGCCCCGCGGCGUCUGCUGCUGACCGGCACCCCGCUGCAGAACAAGCUGCCGGAGCUUUGGGCCCUGCUCAACUUCCUGCUGCCGACCAUCUUCAAGUCCUGCACAACCUUCGAGCAGUGGUUCAACGCCCCCUUCGCCAUGACCGGAGAGAAGGUGGAUCUGAACGAGGAAGAGACCAUCCUGAUUAUCCGUCGUUUGCACAAAGUGCUKCGCCCCUUCCUGCUGCGCAGACUGAAAAAGGAAGUGGAGUCCCAGCUGCCUGAGAAGGUGGAGUAUGUGAUCAAGUGUGACAUGUCGGCCCUGCAGAGAGUGCUGUACAGACACAUGCAGGCUAAGGGUGUGCUGCUCACCGACGGCUCUGAGAAAGACAAGAAGGGUAAAGGAGGCACCAAGACCCUGAUGAACACCAUCAUGCAGCUGAGGAAGAUCUGUAACCAUCCCUACAUGUUCCAGCAGAUCGAGGAGUCCUUCUCUGAGCAUUUGGGAUUCACUGGAGGUGUAGUGUCUGGACCUGACCUGUACCGCGCAGCUGGGAAGUUUGAGCUGCUAGACCGUAUCCUGCCCAAGCUGAUGGUCACCAACCACAAGGUCCUGCUCUUCUGUCAGAUGACUUCCACCAUGACCAUCAUGGAGGACUACUUUGGCUGGCGCAACUUUAAGUACCUGCGUCUGGACGGGCAGCGGAACGAGGUGCGUGUGUUGCGUCUCUGCACCGUUCAAAGUGUGGAGGAGAAGAUCCUGGCUGCGGCCAAGUACAAGCUGAACGUGGACCAGAAGGUCAUCCAGGCCGGCAUGUUCGACCAGAAGUCGUCGAGUCAUGAGCGUCGUGCCUUCCUGCAGGCCAUCCUGGAGCAUGAGGAACAGGACGAGGUCGGGGCCCCGGGGGGCUGGCGCGCUGGAGGGGCGUUGGAGGAGGACGAGGUGCCUGAUGAUGAGACCGUCAACCAGAUGAUUGCCAGGAGCGAGGAGGAGUUUGACCAGUUCAUGCGUAUGGACCUGGACCGGCGCCGUGAGGACGCCCGCAACCCCAAGAGAAAGCCCCGUCUGAUGGAGGAUGACGAGCUGCCCACCUGGAUCAUAAAGGAUGAUGCCGAGGUGGAGAGGCUCACCUGUGAGGAGGAGGAGGAGAAGAUGUUUGGUCGCGGCUCUCGCCAGCGCAAGGAGGUGGACUACAGCGACUCACUCACAGAGAAGCAGUGGCUCAAGGCCAUAGAGGACGGUAAUCUGGAGGACCUCGAGGAGGAGGUGCGUCACAAGAAGACGACCCGGAAGCGCAAGCGAGACCGUGACGACAUGCCCGGCCCYGCCACYCCCAGCUCCAGCGGUGGUGGRGGUGGUCGCAGCCGUGACAAGGARGAGGAGGUCAAGAAGGCCAAGAAACGCGGGCGRCCUCCGGCUGAAAAACUGUCCCCUAACCCCCCAUCCCUCACCAAGAAGAUGAAAAAGGUGGUGGACACUGUCAUCAAGUACAAGGACGGCAGCAAUGGGCGCCAGCUGAGUGAAGUCUUCAUCCAGCUGCCAUCCCGCAAGGAGCUGCCUGAGUACUACGAGCUCAUCCGCAAGCCUGUCGACUUCAGGAAGAUUAAGGAGAGGAUCCGCAGCCAUAAGUACCGCAGCCUGAAUGACCUGGAGAAGGAUGUGAUGCUGCUGUGUAGUAACGCUCAGACCUUCAACCUGGAGGGCUCUCUGAUCUAUGAGGACUCCAUCGUACUGCAGUCAGUCUUCACCAGCGUCAGGCAGAAGAUUGAAAAGGAGAAGGAGGAAGAGAGUGAGGGAGAGGACAGUGAGGAGGAAGAAGAGGAGGAGGUGGACGAAGGCUCUGAGUCUGAAUCUCGUUCAGUGAAGGUGAAGAUUAAGCUGGGGAGGAAGGAGAAGGAGGGCAGAGGGAAGGGCCAGCGCCGGAGGGGCCGUGGCUCCCGGGCCAAACCUGUAGUGAGCGACGACGACAGCGAGGAGGAACAGGAGGAGGUGGGUUCGGCCAGCGGCAGUGAGGAGAACUGAACUGAACCACUCCUAUUCUGCGAGGACCAACGGCCCACUGAGACCCUCGACUGGAACUUAUAUAUUUUACCUAGAUUCUAUAGCAGGGUGACAAGCCAGUGGAGAGGGGCCUAGUUUUACCUAGAUGAGCUGAUUUUUAGUGAGACAAAUGUAUUCCAUAAUUAAAAUACACCAUCAAUUAAAAAUAACAAAAAUUAUAACAAAAAAAAACACUUACAUAUUUAAGCAGGCAAUCCUGGUAUGAAUAGCUGGACUGUAUGUCUUUUUGCCUUGUUGUUUUCUCCUGGAAGUGAUUUAAGGUGGACAGGGUUUGAUUAGCAGACUGAUCGUGGACCAUAGGGAGASUUUGCUGACUUUUUAAGUGAGUUUGUUUUGUCGUUUUGUUUCCUUUGAGAUGGAGCUGUGUGACCGGAGUCGCUGUGGUUUCUAAGUCCCUUGAAUGCAUGUCGUUUGGUCUGUGGAAAUGCACCUGGGUGUGUCGUUCUAUUAUAUCUCUGUUUAAUUUAAGAAUWCAAGUGAGAUAACGGUACGUUCCCCCUUAGGCCUUCCUCCCGCUACGAGUGAGAAGGGAAGGGCGGGACUCUGUCUCACGUCUGUGUCACUGGAUUCCAAAAAGUACAAUAAAGGCGUCUCGUAAUUAAACUUUC